AUGGACUUAGAGGAAGAGUUAAGUUUAUUGCAUGAAGAUAUAAGACUACAUGAGACGCGUCCUACUGCAAAAGAAACCGAAACAGCGCUAGAGGAGCCGCCAGAACAAGAUGAGAAUGACGAUUUCUUAGGGCUUGACAAGCAAAUCAAACUUUCAACUAGAAGCAAAAUAGCUAAGGUUGACAAUGAGAGGAUAUUUGACAAACAAAGAGGUAUACCAUAUGUGAUUAAGAACCAUAAAAAACUUUCACACCGAAUGAAAAAGAAUGAUAAGACUCUUGCAAAAACAUUAUCAAACAACUCACAUUACUCAACUAAGCAAAUCAGGAGGCUCAAGAUUGAAAAUGAAUUUACUAACUUGGAGUCUGUAAUUCAAUUCUAUCAACUUUGGUGCCAUGGAUUGUUCCCAAAGGCUCGCUUUAGAGAUUGUUUGCGUUUAGUUCGUUCUUUAGGAGUCAAGUCCAGCUCUUUAAAACUUUAUAGAAAGGAGAUGAUCGAGCUUGAGAUCAGGAAAUUGAAGACCGAAAAGGGGCUCGUGGAUGAAGUAGAAAGAGAGCCGUUAGAAAGCGAACUACCUGAGCAGCCAAAUGGUCCUGAAUCUCCUAUUGAUAAUCCGGAAAGUAACCUAAAUACUAAUAAUGACAAUGAUGACGAUGACUGGAGUUUUAUGAAUAGAAAGAACUACAAAUCAAAUGACUUAUUUGUUGGUGAUGGCUAUGAUGAUUCCGAUUCCGGGGAAUUAUACGGUGAACCGCAGGAUAAGGAAAUGACAACCAAAAAUCCGGAUGAUGAAUCUAGGAUAUUUCAAGACCAUCAGCAAGAGGAGAAAAAUGCAGAAGAUGGUUUCUCAGAUGACAACGACUUAGUUUUCCCUGAUACACAUACAAUUGAUGCGAAAGGUGAGCAGGAAUACCCCGAGGAGUUCGACAUGGAAGAUGACUACGAGUUGGAAAUUAUGAGAGAAAUGGACUCAUGA